UUUGAGGCGGAAGUGUAAUAUUAACUCAACAGAUGCAAAUUGGAAAACAGCACAUCCGGAGUGAGCUGAGUUAAACCUAAAACCCUUAAAACGGGCGCAUAACCAUUCCCCUUAUAGAAACCAAACCCAUAGGCAGCAAGGAAGGAGAAUUGUUGGUAAAGAUGAACAAGAAGGAGGUAUUGAAAUUGGCAAAGGGUUUUCGUGGGAGAGCGAAGAAUUGUAUAAGGAUUGCGAGGGAGAGAGUGGAGAAGGCGCUCCAGUACUCCUACAGAGACCGCCGCAACAAGAAACGCGAUAUGCGUUCCCUUUGGAUCCAGCGAAUCAACGCCGGAACUCGCCAACAUGGAGUGAAUUAUGGAAAUUUCAUGCAUGGGCUAAUGAAGGAGAAUAUUCAAUUGAACAGGAAAGUUCUAUCCGAGUUAUCCAUGCAUGAGCCGUAUAGCUUCAAGGCCCUUGUCGACAUCUCACGCAAUGCCUUUCCAGGAAACAAGACAGUCCUGCCGCCCAAAAAGGAGGGGCUCUCAAUUCUUGUCUAGAUCUCGUCCCAUUUAUGUGUUAGGAUAGCGUUCUGUAUGUUUCCUGUUUCGGUGGCUGGAUGUAAUUGCAGAAGUAAAGCCAAAUAGGCAGAUGGGAUUCUAACAAACUUCUGUAAGCAUGAAUUACUCUGGUCAAUACAAUACCGUUCCGAAAGGUUUAUUGUU